AUGAGUGGUUUACAAGCACAAGAGAGUGCGUGUUCCUUGAGCCAGCCAAGCAAAGAUGUGGCUGCCACCGAGACAAAGCCAAAGAAGAGGAUAUGCUGUGCUUGCCCGGAUACAAAGAAGCUAAGAGAUGAGUGCAUUGUAGAAAACGGUGAAUCUGCUUGCACUAAAUGGAUCGAAGCUCAUCUUAUGUGUCUUCGCUCUGAGGGUUUCAAAGUUUGAGAAUUGUUUAAAGACAACACAAUAGAUUGUUGAUUUUGUUUUUCUGAAACUUACACAACACAACAAGUCAUGUAAUAACAGAGCAAACAGAAAGAGUUGCAUUGGUCAAGAUCAAAUCAAAUCUCUUACGUUU